CUCGGCCCUCGCCCCGCAGCUCUCCCCCGUCCGCCCAUCCCCUGCGGGGAGCGUUGCAAGCAAAGCAUACACCGAGACUCGUCGCAUAUUUUAAAGAUAAAAAAAUAUACACAAAAUAUAGAAAAGAAAAGCCCUGUAAGAUCCGUUUCCCUCCAAAAUUUGUUGGGGUUGCUUCCUUCUCUCUCAGCUCCUGCGAUGUCUCCUCCCUCUAGGGUUUCGAAUUUCAAAUCUCUUGCCCACGAUUCCGAAAUCUAGAGUUCGGAGAGCUUCGAUUUGUGUAGCGGACCGAAUCUUUCUGGUUCCAGGGGUUGGAUUUUGAUUUCAGUUCGUGGAAAUGGUGCUGAUUUCGGAGAUUACGGACCAUGCACUGAACGAGGAGGACGACGAGGGCCGGAAGGAGAAGGAGAAGGGGCCGAGGGAGGAGCCAGCGCAAGAGGAGCUGAAGGUGGACGAAGAGAAGGGCUCGCCGGAGAGCUCCGCUGCCGCCGGAGAGGUAAAGGAAUCUCCGGCCGAGAGGACGGAGGGGUCGUCGGCGGGGCAGACGCUCUACAAGGAGUGCACCCUCCGGGUGGCCUGCAUCAUGCGGAAUUACCUCCACAUGCGGCAGGCAGGCGUCCCCGUUUCCGGACAGGGGCCGCCGGCUGGGGAGGCGGCGGCGCCGGUGGGGGACCGAUGUAAGGCAAUGAUGGAGGUGGUCGGGAAGGUGCAUGGGAAGUGGACAGUGUCGAAGCUCGUGGUGGAGCACAACCAUGAGCUCUUGCCACACAAGGAUGCCGGUAAAGAUGGUGCAGUGUUGGUGCCGGUCAUGGGCAUGGAGUUUGAGUCCGUGGAGGCUGCAAAGGCUUUAUAUUAUGUGUAUGGUGAGAAGUCCGGGUUUAAGGCUCGGACGGGUUCCAACAGGCGGUCGGCCGGCAGUGGGGCUCUAAUCAUGCAGAGGUUCUUGUGUUGGAGAGGGAAUUAUCUUAUGUACAGAAAGAUCACAGAUACUAAUGCAGGGAAACGGAGGCGGGGACCAUAUAGGAAGAGAACUCGCAGGUUGGAAGAGGAGGCAGCGGCCGCAGCAAAGAAAGAUGGGGAUGUGGUGGAGAUCAUCCAAGUAGAGAGUUCAACAGAGAAGGGAGGGGUGGCAGUUGAUGACCGUGGGGUCGAGGUCCAGAGUGGUCCUCCAGUAAAAGAACAAGCAGUUGCAGAGAAGGAUGUGGGGCAGAAACCACCUACUCCAUCUAUCGGUAUGCCAGCACAGGCAGUGGCAGCUGCUGCUGGGAAGGAUGGUAAGAAGGGGAAAGAUGAUGGGAAGGCAAUCCCAGUAGCCAAUACUGCUGAGUCUCGGCUGCUAAGGGAGCUUGGUGUAAGAGUGUCUCGAUACACUGAAGAAGAAAGGAGAGAUAUAAUUAUCAGAUACAUGAUGAAGCGGACAAAUAGGCAGGGUGUAGAGAGGCCUGUUAAGGUUCCCUCACGACGAGCUUUGGCUGAAAGGCGCCAGCGAGGCAUUGGAGGAAGGUUUCUUGGAAGAGAUGAGUCACAGGUAAUUCUUCUCCUCCAAGGCCUUGAGCUAAGCUUUCACAAUUUUCAUAGCACUCCACUUGACUUUCCUUACAAACAUCUAAGGCCAUGUUUGGAAAUGGAGUAA